AUGUCACAGGUGACAGAUGCCCGCGCCCGGAACUCCGCCUCGGCAGUGCUGGACCUGCUGAGGCUUCGUCUGGGGGCCGUGCUUCGGCAGGAUCCUGCCAACUGUCUGACGGCCGCACUCGCCAAGGAAUUUUACAGCAGCACAGAAGAGCUGCAUCGCCACCGCCUCAGCUCCUCAGACGCCGUCGCAAGCAUCCUGCGACCAGCGUCCCGCUGGCUGCGGGAGAAGGUCCCUGGCGGGCCAUCCUCCCCCGCUGUCGACGCUGCCGGGCGGGGGGUCCAGGCGCUCUCCGUUAGCCUGGUGGUGUUUGGCUGCGUGCGGGUCGCGCUGGCGGCUGCCCCGCUGCCACCCAGCGCCCUGCUGGGCUUUGGCAAGGCAGCCAUGGCGGCGCUGCUGGGCUCUCGGCACAUGCUGGAGGAUGGGAUUGCUGCGGUGGCAGCGGACAGCGGCGCCCCGCAGUGGCAGGGCCAGGGGCCGGCCGAGAUGGCGUCCUGCCAGCUGCGCGUCGUGAGUGCCGUGCUCGACUUGCUGUCUGGCCACCUGCCUCGUGCGCAGCUGGAGGCAGAAGAGGCCCGUGGCACCCUCUACAGCGCCCACCACUUCGCGCUCUGGCUGCGCGCCGCCACCCGGCUGCUGCUGGAGCAGGCACAGCGGCGCGGUCCGAUCCAGGGGGACGCUCUGGAGGCGCACGCCGAGCUGUGCUCCAUGAUGAUGGCUACGCCGGAGAUGCAGCAGCGCUACCCGAUGGCCCCGGCCCGUGCAGCGCUGGGCGAGGAUGCAGACCUGCAGCAUGCCCUGGUGCGGCUGUCCCUGCGCCACUCACUGCCCGCCGCGGGCGAGGGCGCGGGCCUGCUGCCUGCGACAGCCGCCACGCGCGGCGCCCUUCGCGGCGGCCGCUCCGGCGAUGCCCAGCAGCGCUGGCAGUUCCUGGCCAACAUCUUGGUGGCGAUAGUGCACCCGCGGCUGAUGCCCGCGCUGCACGCGUACGCGCAUGGCGGCGACGGCCUGCCCUUUGUGCGGCUGGUGGUGGCACUGCUGCGGGCGGUGCCGCCGCGGUGCCCUGCGGGCGUCACCCCGGACCUCCACCUGGGCACCCCAGAGUGCCUGGCCGACCUGCUGUGCCGCGCAGCGCCCGCUUUCACCUGCGAGUGCUGCCGCGCGCGGGACGGCGGGCGGGGGCCCGACGACGCGCAUGUGCAGGAGGCGGGGUGGCUGGUGCUGCCGCUGGCGGCGCAGGCGGCGGAGGUGAUCCGCAGGGAGGCGGCGCCGCUGGGGCUGGAGCCGGGGAGCGGCGUGCAGCCUGCCGCGACGGCGGUACCGGCGGUACCGGCGGUACCUGCAACGCAGCACGAGCCUGCGGCCGCGUCAGCCUACAGCCUGUGCGACUCGUGGUCCAAGUCGCUGCGCCUGGCGUGCAAGAUAGACUACACGCGCAGCAUGCAGCAGGCGGCAGACUGGGCAGCCGCCGUGGACGCCCUACUGCCGCUGGUGCCGGUGCUGGGCGGGCUGGCGGCGCGGCCUCUGACCCAGCACCAGCAGGACGCCGUGUCGCUGCGGCUGAUGAGCGGUACCGCCCCCGCUGACCUGAUGGCGGCAGCCGUGCACAUCUGGCAGGUGGUCGGCCCGCAUGUGCUGACCUAUGUGUCCAGCCAGGCCAGCAUCCAGCGGAGCUGCCAGUUUGACGUGCCGCCGGCACACGCGGCGGCCACCGCCGCCUUGUUUCCCAAUGUGCCGGCGCUGGCGUCGCGAGCCGACCUGGCCCGCUUCGCCCGCUCCCUCUUCCAGCUGCACUCCACCUGCUGCCGCCUGGCGCACUGGGCCCUGGGGCUGGGGCCGCGGCAGCGGGGCCGCCUGCCCAGCCUGCACCUCCCCUUUGGAAGCCUGCUCGCCGGCUGCGGCAGCUGCUUCGAAGCGCUCCACUGCCUGCUGUUCGACGCCGGCGGCCAAAGGCGGCACGCAACCGACCUGGCGGCGGCAGAGGCGCACAGGCUGCUGUGUUCGGCCGCCGCUGCGCAGGUGGCGGUCGCGUCUGCGGCAGCAACCCAGCUGCCGCCUGCCGAGCUGAGGGCGGGCGUGGCGGCCGCGUGGUUUCAUCCGCUGCGCCACCUGGCCAUCGCCAUAUCGACGGCGCCGGCCGCCUGCGUUGCGCCGCUUGGCGUUGCGGCGUUGCACGCCAUGCUGCAGCAGGCUGCAGAGUACCGUACCGGCGGGGCCGAAGGCACGCCAGAAAGGGGCAGCACGCUUGCCGAGGCGGUCGGGGCACUGGCAGGGCGCCCUCAAGCGGCGGCGGCGCUCCUGGCGUCAGGCACGCUGCCCGUCUGGCAGCGAGCCGUCGAGCAAAGCGUGGCGGAGCGCGUGCCGGGCGUGGAUCGGGACUGGAGCGCGAAUACGCUGGCAACCUUCCAUUAUGCCGUGGCCGGCCUCCUGGAAUGUAUGAUCGACGAUGGUGGCCGCUUGGCGGCCGGCGCGGAGGCCAGCGCCGGCGGCCCGCCCCACGCGCUGCCCGAGGGCCUGGCGGAGGGCCUGGCUGCCGCCGGCAGGAAGCUGGCGGCGGUGUCGGACGUGAUGGAGGAGGAGGUGAGGGCCCAUCCGGAUGAUGUGGCAGCCACCUGCGCACGGCACACGCGGCAGCUGAUGCCUCUGGCCGAGGAGGUGGCAGCCCUGCUGAGCCAGCACUGGGCGGCGCCGGAGCAGGUGGCGGCGGCGCAGCUGGAGGCGGCAGAUGCGGCGGGGGCACGGCGCUGCGCGCACCUGCGCUGCCCUAAUGUGUGUGCCUCAGCCGCCCCAGCGAUCGCCCAGGCGAGCUGCGCAGCGCAGCUGAGCGCCGCAGCACAGGCCGCGGGCACUAGCGUCUCAUCCUUUUUUGUCGACCCAACCAGCCCCGCCCAGGCCUGUGUGAAGCAAGUCUGCACGGGUGACUACGCCACCUGCAGCGUGGACUCGCCGCCCAUGAGCGACCUACAGUUGGUAUUCACCGAUAAGUUUGAGGCAGAGGGGCGGUCGUUUGGGGUGGGGGCGGGGGACCCGCGCUGGACGGCAGACCGCAUGUGGUAUGCAGGCACCGACGACAUCGAGGUCUACACGCCAGAGCAGGUGGCCACAGAGGGCGGCGCAGCGGUGAUCAGUAUCGAGGGGGUGGGGCCGGGCGGCGCGUCUGCGUUCAGCCAGCAGCCCGGCGGCGUGGUGUGGAAUGUGAGCAAGGACUACAAGUCCGGGUUUGUGUCCAGCUGGAACAAGUUCUGCUUCACCGGCGGGUACAUGGAGGCUCGGGUGCAGCUGCCAGGCAACGACUUUGCCUCGGGCUUCUGGCCCGCGUUCUGGCUGAUGGGCAACCUGGGGCGCGCCGGGCACAUGGAAAGCACGGCCGGAUUCUGGCCAUACACCUACAACACGUGCGGCGGCGGUGGCGUGGGCACCGACCAGCCUGCGGGGCCCACCCCCCAGAACAUCACAGCCUGCCCCGACCCGCCCGGCUUUGACCGCCAGCGGUUCGGGCUGAAGCCGGGGGUGGGCCGGGGGGCUCCUGAGAUCGACCUGCUGGAGGUCAAGGUGGACAGCAGCAUCGGGCACAAGCCGGGGGACCCGCAGGGCGACGAGCCGGGCCAGCAGCACAAGCCCUUCAGCUCCAUCACGCUGCAGAUGCUGCAGACAGCGCCGCUGCUGGCCAACGGGACCACGUGGACCGCGACGGACGAGGAUGGGGAUGUGGUUCCGGGACCGGGACAGUACCUGCCCAAGAAUAACCUGCCAGACUGGCUUUACACGCACCUGACCUACUGGCAGGGAGAGUACGGCACAAACGUGCUGGACAGGCCCGGCAACCUGUACCAGGACUCGGUGUCUGCCUACGCGGUGCUGGAGCCAUCCUUCUGGACGUCCUACCACACCUUUGGGCUGCACUGGGUGCCUGGAGAGUAUGUGAGAUGGUACAUCGACGGCCACUUUGUGUACGAGGUGAACAAGGAGGCACUGAGGGGGCAGACCAACUCUACAGGCUAUGCGGUGGGCCCGCGCCUCAUCCCCGAGGAGGCCAUGUACAUCAUCUUCAACCUGGCGAUGUCCAACAGUUUCUCCACUGUGGACCUGGAGCAGCUGACCUUCCCAUCGCAGUACAAGGUUGACUAUGUGCGUGUGUACCAGGACCCCUCCGCCUUCAGCCUGGGCUGCAGCCCCAAGGACUACCCCACAGCGCAGUACCUGGCCUGCAACCGCGACAAGUACCUGCUGACUGCGGAGGAGGCGGGCCUCAUCUCCAGCCCCUGCCUCAACUCGGUGUCGUGCCGCCAGGAGACGGGCGUGGACCUGCAGGGCGGCCACAUCCCUGCGGGCGACGGCAACAGCUUUGUGCAGCCGCGGGCGCUGGCCACAGUGAAGCAGUGCUGCCAGGCGUGCCAGGCCAUGGCGGCGUGCGGCGCGUACGUCUACGACCCGCGAAUGCAGAUGUGCUACUUUAAGUCGUCCAGCGGCUGGACCAAGGUGCCCGCCCCGGAUGUGAUGUCGGGCCUGGUGUACGAUGCUGGUGCCAACUGGCCGCGCAGCACAGGUGGCCGCAGUCCUCCGGGGGCACCCCCACCGCGGCCAGCGCCCGGGGCCCCGCCCCCCAGCCAGGGUGGCAGCGGCGGCGGCAUCAUCAGCAAAGCCGCUGCGGCCUGGACGCCGCGGACAGGCGUGCUGCUGGUCCUGCUGUCAGCUGCUGCGCUGCUGCUCUAA